ACUUCGAAAAGAGAUUUAAAAUGCGUGAGAUUGAAAAAAGUCGAUCCACCGAAACGCUCCCGACUUUACUGACUACUGAGGAGGGAAGAAAUCUAAUUGUUGAACUUUCUGCUGAGUUUCACAGAAAUGGUUGGAUGACAGGAACUGGGGGAGCUCUAGCUAUAAAGACUGAAAAGGGGAUACUAGUGACUCCUAGUGGAGUAUUAAAGGAACGCCAAAACAAAGACGACAUUUUUUUGAUAAGUGCUGAAGGUGAAGUUCUAGAAACCCCGGUCAAAAAGUUAAAAAUAUCUUCCUGCCUUCCAAACUUCCUUCACAUCUACAGAAUACGAAAUUCAGAUACGAUCUAUCAUCUUCAUAGUGUGAAUGCUGUUCUAGUUUCUCUUAUGGAGCCUGGUAAUAUUUUCAGAUGUAAACAUCUUCAAAUGGUUAAGGGGAUGCGAGGAUUUGGAUGGGAAGAUACUUUGGAGAUUCCUAUUGUGGAGAAUAGAGCAAAUGAAGACGAUAUUUCUGAAAAUAUCAAGGAAGCUUUAGAUAGACAAUUUAAGGCUGACUGCAUUCUUAUCCGAGGUCACGGCCUCUAUACUUGGGGAACCUCCUGGAUUCAAGCUAAGGUUCAUGCCGAGUCCUUGGACUGGAUAUUCAAGGUGGUUUUGGAAUCUAAGAAACUUGGAAUUCAAAUUAACUGUUCUUAAAAAUGUUGUUAAACAUACAGUAGAACCCAUAAAGCAGUGGAAAAUGAAGAUGACAUUUCAUCAAUCUUGUAUUUCAUGUUUUUUUAAGGAGAAUAUUUUUACCAGUAGAUUAUAAAUCAAGUUUAACGUAAAAUGAGACUGACAAGUUUCUCUGUUUUAUAUUGAUUGGAUUGUUUUAAAUCAUUUAACUUGAAUAUAAACUAAUUCCACAGGCAUAUAGGCCAACUGCUGUAUGUUACAGGUAUUUAGGCCAACUGCUGUAUUUUCCAUGAAAAUAAUUAUAAUUUCUAUUUUUUUCCGAACGAAUGAUAAUUUUCAGAA